UCCGGUCAGUCCACAUUGUUAUUUGUAUCAUCUGUCCUGUUCUUCUUAAUCCUCAACUUUACGUUUAUUGUACAAACUGUAUACACAUGUAAAAUCAGUUGCUUUGGGAAACGAUAGCUUUACAAUGCCUUUAUAAUUAAUGGAAUUACCAAAAGAAUCAGAUUGAGCCCACAGGAACGCAAACCAACCGCGUUUACAGAUCUAACGUUACACUGUCCUCCAUGUUUCUGAUGCAUCGGACGAAGAGUCGAGACUAAAAAUCAGACGUGUUUCAAACGAGCAGGUGAAGUUUGGACCCCAAAAGGCUGCAGACAUUAUUUUACCAUAACUGAAUAGGUACCAGACAAUUGGCCUCAUGGAGAAUGGCGACUGGACACACACGAUGACAGAUACUGUUACCCUAAAUGUUGGCGGCCACCUGUACACAACAUCGCUGAUGACUCUCCAGCGUCAUCCGGACUCCAUGUUGGGUGCCAUGUUCCGUGGCGAUUUCCCAACCACGCGGGAUGCCCGGGGUAACUAUUUCAUCGAUCGGGAUGGCCCUCUAUUCCGUUACAUCUUGAACUUCUUACGGACCUCAAAACUGACUCUACCUUUUGACUUCAAAGAAACCGAACUUUUAAGGAAGGAGGCAGACUUCUACCAGAUAGAGCCGUUGAUUCAGUGUUUAAGCGACCCCAAGCCGCUUUACCCUCUGGACACGUUUGAGCAGGUGGUCGAACUUUCAAGCACCCGCAAGCUGUCCAAGUAUUCGAACCCUGUGGCUGUCAUUAUCACCCAGCUCACCAUCACCACCAAAGUUCAUGCGUUGCUUGAAGGCAUCUCCAACAACUUCACCAGAUGGAAUAAACAUAUGAUGGACACUAGAGACUUUCAAUUGUCAUUUACGUUUGGACCAUGUGACUACCACCAGGAGGUGUCCUUGAGGGUGCAUCUAGUGGAGUAUAUCUCUAAGCAAGGUUUUACGAUUCGAAACACGAGGGUGCAUCAUAUGAGCGAACGAGCCAAUGAGAACACGGUGGAGCACCAUUGGACAUUUUGUAGAGUUGCGCAGAAGGUUGAGGACUAAAUAAUGAUGGCAAUGCUUGCAGUGCCAAAAUGUGUCCAUAUGAUCACUUUAUCAUUGAUGGAAUACCGUUGAUGAAAUACUGACGAGUAAAUGUUGCGCAACAUAAACAUGUGGCUAUAAUAAAAUAACAUUAUCAAACAUUAAAUGUGUAGAGGUAGCUACUUCCUUUGAAACAGUUACGGACGUAACUUGAGAAAUACAUUAUUUUGUUUUCUUUUAAUGAGAAGUGAAAUACAUUAUACCUCAUAUACCUGUUCUCAAAUCUGUAUAUGCAAGUUUAAUUGAAAUAUUUUUUAUUUAUAUUGCAUCAGUGUUAAGUUUGUAUGUAUAAUAUCUCUGCCAAUAUUUUAUUGUGUGAUUUGUGAGUCUGUAAGUUAUGCGUCAUGGAUCCUCGGUGCGUUGGUUUGCAUGAUUGUCUGCACUACAGUUCAUUUACCAUUUAGUAUGUUCCUUCCCUUCUAUUAUGUAAAGUAUAUACUUUGUAAUUUGCAUGUUGUUCCAUAAUUUAAACUGCUGGACUGUCCUGUGUGCCACAUGUACUCUUUUAUCAAUACAAUACCUCAAUGGACGGUUUCAAGUGCAUAGAUUUGGACAGGAUGUGGACUAAAUUGCACUGUGAAUGGUAAUUUGCCAUUCUAAAAUAAUAGUUAUUAGGACUUGGGUUAACACUGCCAAAGCAGAUCUGUCACAAUAAAAUCGAUCCAAUACUGAA